AUGGCGGAAGCAGCUGAUAGAUAUCGUAGUGCUCACGCAUAUCGCGGAAGCAAACUGCCAAGGCCGGUGCAAAAACAGAGUUCACCUAAUUCUGAUGACAUUAAAUGCCAUGGAUGUGGGAAGCCUGGUCAUAUCCGUCCGAACUGCCCUAGUAACCCUAGAAACUUUAAGCAAAAGACAGAGGGUAAAGUUCAUUUUGUUUUUCAGUCUGAGAUUAAACCACAAAACAGUAUAAUUGAUGCUGAAGGCAAGUUGUUUGAAAAACCAGCGGAGGUUAUGUUUGACACGGGAUAUGUGCUUAUCGGACUAGUUCUUGACGUAAAAUUGCCUAGUAAGUGCGCCACUACCUCGCUCGAGCACGGACAGAGCAAAGGCGUAGGCGAUGAUGCUUCACAAGCUCUUACAAAUGUAGGCGAUGUUCCUGUGGGUAAUGACUACAAAAUCGCGGAUAAAGAGGAUGUUAAUGAGUCUCCUGACGUCAUUGCUAUGAGUGUCCAGACUCGCUCAUCUAUAUCAAAAGCGGCUAAGAUUACCUCAUUAGCUUGUUCAGAAUUCCUAGAUCUAAAUAUAAAUAAAGAUCAAAUAAGGGAGGAACAGCUAAAUUGUCCAACUCUUCAAUCUAUCAGGGAAAUAAUAGGCGGACUAAUUUACAGGCCAAGGGAACUAGGAAACAAAUAUGUGCUUACUUUAAUAGACUACGCUACACGAUAUCCCGAAGCUGUACCUCUGAAAAACAUUGAUACAGUAACCGUUGCGGAAAGCUUGGUAGAAAUAUUCUCGAGAGUUGGUGUCCCGAGAGAGAUCUUAUCUGACCGCGGUUCACAAUUCAAAUCUGAUCUCAUGAGCGAAAUUCACAGAAUGUUAUCUGUUAAAGCUUUAUAUACCAGCCCCUAUCAUGCUUCAUGUAAUGGUGCUGUAGAAAGACUGAACGGUGUCUUAAAUUCAAUGAUAAAGAAGCUUUGCGUAGAUCACCCGAAAGUUUGGGAUCGCUAUAUACCUGCUGCCCUAUUUGCCUACAGAGAAAUUCCGAACGACAGUCUUAAGUUCUCCCCAUUUGAAUUAUUGUACGAACGUCAGAUUCGUGGACCUUUAACAAUUUUACAUGAGCUAUGGACAAAAGAUGACAUCGAUAGUGACGUAAAAACUACCUAUCAGUAUGUUUUAGAUUUACGCUCGCGUCUUGAGGAGACUGCGAAACUAGCAGCUGCUCAAGCGGAGAUUAGUAGUCGUAAUUGUAAGAGCUAUUACGAUCUUAAAGCUAAACACCGCAAGUUAAACACAGGUGAAGAAGUACUAGUCUUAUUACCCUCCAGUAGUGAUAAAUCAAUUAUGCAAUGGCUUGGUCCUUACCCCGUUGUACAAUGCAAAGAUAAUGGCGUAGAUUACGUUGUUAGAGUACGUGGUGUAAAGAAACUAUUUCACAUCAACAUGCUAAAAAGGUACUUCCGCCGUGACAGCUACAAAAGCGAGAGUGAAAUUGCUCAGGUAUGCAUAGUUGAAGAAGAGAACCAAGUGGGUGAUAACUGUGAACCAGUUUAUUUUGACACAGAAGGUAUUAGUAACAUCAAUUUUGGUAAUGAACUAACUAAAAUUCAAAUUGGCGAAUUGAAAGGGAUUUUGAGUAAAUUUACUGAUGUACUGACUGUCAAACUGGUUCUAACAAAUACAAUAGAACAUGUUAUUAAUAUAAACUCUAGUAAACCAGUGUAUAAGAAACCAUAUCCCAUCCCUAACAGCCUUGUUAAUGAUUUCAACACUGAGAUUGACAAGAUGUUAGUCAUGAACAUUAUUGAACCUUCAACAUCUGCAUUUUCUUCUCCUGUCGUGAUGGUGAAGAAAAGUGAUGGGUCGUGGAGAAUUUGCAUUGAUUUUAGAGCCCUAAAUGACGUAACUGACUUAGAUGCAGAGCCCAUGCCUAAUACAGAAGAGGCUCUUGGAAUAUUUGUUAACCAUAUUUAUUUCAUUGAAAUAGAUCUUUGCAGAGGAUAUUGGCAGAUACCCUUAUCGAAAGACUCAAAGAUGUAUACUGCGUUUGCUACUUAUAGGGGUCUCGUGCAAUUCCGAGUUAUGCCUUUCGGAUUAAAGUCUGCUUGUGCAACCUUCAUAAGACUUAUGAGGAAAGUGGUUUCUGAAUUGAAAAAUAUUGACUGUUAUUUUGAUAACAUUGUAAUCCAUAAUAAUGAUUGGUCUGAACACCUACAGGACGUGAAAGAUCUUUUGCUGCGUCUACGUAAGCAUGGUUUAACUGCAAGCCUUAGUAAGUGUUUCCUUGUUUUUUCUAAAAUUAAAUAUUUGGGAGUUUUGUUAGGAGAUAACUGUAUUAGUCCUCUUGAGUCUAAAAUCAAUGCCAUCUUGGCAAUGCCUUUGCCUGUAAACAAGAAGCAAUUAAGAUAUUUCAUCGGAACUAUAGGUUAUUACCGCAAAUUUGUUCCUAAUUUCGCAAGUAUAGCAGCUCCCUUGCAUGAUCUCCUCAAUAAAUAUAGUAGUAAUAGAUUACAGUGGAGUGAGGAGAAAGCAAAAUGCUUCAACAAACUAAAGCUGUCCUUAGUAAGUAAACCAGUACGUUGUUUACCAGAUGAUUCUAAGACUUUUUAUGUUCGUACUGAUGCUUCUGAUAUUGGUCUCGGAGCGGUGUUAUUACAGAAUAUGAAUGAUAUUAACAUGCCUAUCUGUUACGCUAGUAGGAAAUUACUAGAUAGAGAAGCAAAAUAUGCUGCUAUUGAAAUGGAAUGUCUUGCCAUAGUUUGGGCAAUUCAAAAGUUUAAAGUCUAUUUAUAUGGAAGAGACUUUAUCUUGCAGACAGACCAACAACCUCUUGUUUAUCUCAAAAAUAUGAAAAACACUAAUGGUAGAUUAAUGCGCUGGGCUUUGGCACUACAGUGUUAUUCAUUUACUGUUGAGUAUAUAAAAGGCAGCGAAAAUGUAGGAGCUGACAUUCUUAGUCGUUGCCAUGUACCUGAAUAG